CCCGCAGUGCAGCAGACGUCAGAAGUGUAUUGGGGUUCGCUCAGCUGAGUUGUUUGCGGUUUUGGUUCGCUCGGGAGAAAUCGAUAAAUUUGUGUAUUUCUCGUGAGAUUCACGUGAAGUGGUGAAUGACAGACAGUUUUCUGGCGUGCAACAGAAUGGAGGAACUAAACGAAAUCCUUGACACCGCGAAGGAUCAGUCCAGCCAAAAAGAACAAGAUGAGAUUUUACUCCAACCGUUUGCGUACAUUCAGCAGAUUCCGGGCAAACAGUUUCGGGCAAAGCUCGCGCUAGCCCUCAACCACUGGCUCCAGAUUCCCGACGAGAAGUUCGCGCUUAUCGGAGAGAUCGUCCAAAUGCUCCACAAUUCGAGUUUACUACUUCAUUCCGUACUUAUGCUACCGAGAUGCAAUGAAGACGCACCAGAAGAUUCAAUUUUGAGUAGCUGCUAUUGGAGCAUUGACGAUAUUGAAGACAAUUCAAUACUUCGCAGGGGCAUACCAGUCGCGCAUUCAAUUUAUGGCGUAGCGAGUACAAUAAAUGCCGCCAAUUAUGUAUUGUUUUUGGCUUUAGAAAAAGUACAAUUACUGAAUCAUCCCGAGGCUACCAAAGUCUACACUGAACAAUUAUUGGAAUUGCAUCGCGGCCAAGGCAUGGAGAUCUACUGGCGAGAUAACUUCACCUGUCCAACUGAAUCUGGCUACAAACUUAUGACGAUCCGAAAAACUGGCGGUUUGUUUAUGUUAGCCAUUCGACUUAUGCAGUUAUUUAGUAGCAAUAAGAAGGAUUUCUCCAAGUUAACGGCCAUAUUGGGAUUAUACUUCCAGAUUAGAGAUGAUUAUUGUAAUUUGAGGUCGAAGGAGUAUUCUGAAAAUAAAAGUUAUUGCGAGGAUCUCACGGAAGGGAAAUUUAGUUUUCCUAUUAUCCAUGCAUUGCAAAAUAAACAAAAUAGACAAGUACUACAUAUUCUUCGUCAAAGGACAAGAGACGUUGAAGUGAAAAAGUACUGUGUCAACCUCCUCGAAAAUCUAGGUAGCUUUAAGUAUACACGUGAUAUCCUUGAAUCACUGGAUCGUCAAGCACGCGAAGAAGUUGCUCGCCUCGGACCGAACCCAAUUAUGGAAAAACUGCUAGAUGAUUUACUCUCAUGGAAAACUGCUUGAUGAUUCGAAUCAAUUAUAAGCUGAACUGCGAGGCGAAACAGUUAAUUUUUCAAUUGAAAAGAUCUUUUAUGUCAAACAUAAAGGAGAAGUUAGCUUUUCAAGGAAAUAAUUCUCCUUUGUUACAUAAUGCUUAUUUUUAUAUACUUAAAAAGUUCGCUAUUUUCUAGGUAUAGCGUAAGGUAUUAUUGUAGGGUAAAGUGGAAAUAUAGUCAUUUCGAAAGCUAACAUUAUAAAUUUGCGCUUUUGUGAGAUUGAUGAGGGAGAAUUAAAGCAUAUAAUCUGAACUCCAGGCGUUCUGCAAUAUUUAUACAACUACUGAACCAAUGGAAAACAUGGGAAACAAUCAAAGCUUCAGAGCUAACCAAAGUUCAGGUUAAUGUGUUUUAGUUUUGCCUGAAUAAAUCAUUUGUUGUCCCCUUAAUUUAUUACUAUUAUUUAUUAGGUACUUAUUGAUUAAAACUGUAAUAACAGCCUGAAGAUACUUUCCUACUUAAUUUAUUGUUUGCAUCGCAAUACAUACAUAUGUUCCAACGGAAUAGAACAUUCGUACAAAUAUCAGCUUGUCUAAUAGCUUUAACUAGUUCAAUUGAUUGUUUGAGACAACGCAGUGAAAUAUUUUACCAUGCCCUCUUUCAUCCGUGUACCUUUCAGGCAAAAAUCUUUAUUUUAAGGUACCCAUCAAUUCCAAAUUUUUAAGAGACGAACUCAACGAUGUGUUCCACGCAUUAAUCUGUCGUAUCUCAGUAUUUUAAAUAAUGGAACCAGUCUCUACUUACAGACAAGCUUUAAUGAGUCCUAAUCGUUGAACAAUGAUCUUAUGACGGAUUUGUGUAAUUUAAAUUGUGAAUCCUAAAUACAUAUCCGCAAACUCACUACAAAUUUUUUAACUAGCUUUGGAAACUAGACAAAGUAACACAAAUCAGAUAUCUCCAUCAAAAAUCCAACGUUAUGUAAUCAUGAAACAUUCGAAAGUCAAUUUAGCUAAAGUUUGAUUGAAGUAACUCAGUAUUCUAACGAAAUAGCUGCAGAAAUAACAUUCUGGCGUUAUUUAGAAUAGCAGAAGUCAUAUGAAGCUGUAGGUUCGCGAAAUAGAAGAUUGCUUAAUAUUCUAGUAGCAAUUCGAUAAUUUUUUGUAAUGAGAUACAUACUACGGAACUAAUAAUCUAAUUAAAGCGUUUUGUAGUCAUUUUGUGAUUGACAAUAAAUGGAAAAGUUACAUAA